CUUCUAGUUUUGGCGGUCUAGGCGAGGGAUUUUGUUCCCCUUCUACCAGCCAAUGCCAAUGAAAAACAAUUCACACAGAUUCCUCGUCUGCCACUCCCCGGACACCGGCAGAAGAACCUCGACAGCAGCUCUUGUCCUCGUCCCGACAGAUUUGCAGACCUUGAAUAGAAGACCCUAGCGAAACAGCCUCAACCUAGUCAUGACUAAUAUAAAAAAACACGCUCGCUUACGAUGCCGUUGUUGCAAGCGAGCGACGGAAGGAGGUCGUAAACGGACGGAGAAGAAAAGAAAACCAAAUCUUGACUUCUCCUCCUACCUACGCAGUUUCCAGUAUUGCCGUGGUUAGACAACUAUUCCCCUGUCCCUGAACAGAAUAUUGAAUCAUCCUACGACUGCUUAGCUUUUUUCGCCUCCGUCUUAAGACACCACCACCACCACCACCACCACAACAACAACAACCAUCAACCAUGACAGACCAAGUAGGCCGGGCGGAUGGCCCAGACCUUACCGGUCCUCUCGAAAUGUCCAGCACAGGCGAUCUGGAGAAGGCCGACGACGACGACGCCGGCCAGCUUGACGAGAGCCAGGCCACCAAGGACCUCCCCAGGGUGGCGGAUAGGAUCCCCAACGCGGCCUGGCUGGUCAUGCUGCUCACCAUGGCCGAGCGCUUCUCCUUCUACGGCAUGACGACGCCCUUAAUGAACUACAUGCAGAACGGCCGUGGCGACCCUCUGCGCCCCGGCGCUCUGGGCUGGGGCCAGUCGAGGGCCUCGCAGGUCUCCAACGUCUUCAACAUCAUCUCGUGGCUGACGCCCAUGGCCUCCGGCAUCGUCGCCGACAAGGGGCUCGGCCGCUACCGGACGCUGUGCGUCACCUUCGUCGUCUACCUCGCCGGCACCGUCCUCCUGUUCGUCUCCAGCCUCGAGUCCCUGGCCCCUUACUCCGCCGGCCUCUUCAUCGCCUCCCUGGUCCUCAUUGCCCUGGGCAUGUCGGGCGCCAACGGCCUCAUGGCCGCCUUCGUCGGCGACCAGUAUACCACCGAGGACGGCGCCGUCGUCACCACCCGCAGCGGCGAGCACGUCGUCGUCGACCGCACCCUGACCCUCGAGUCCAUCUACAACUACUACUACUGGUGCAUCAACGUCGGCGGCCUGUCCGGCCUGGCCACGACCGCCCUCGAGCUGCACGUCGGCUUCUGGGCCGCCUAUCUGCUGCCGCUCUGCGCCCUCUCCGUGUCGGCUGCCGUGCUCGUCCUCGGACGCGGUCGUCUGGUCCUCGCACCCACACAGUCCUCAGCCCUCCCGGACGCGCGUCGCGCACUCUGGCUGGCCGUCCGCGGCGGCUUCUCCCUCGACAAGGCCAGGCCCGCCCGCCAGCAGCUCCAACACUCGCGCAAGGUGCCCUGGACCGACGACUUCAUCGACGAGCUCCAGACGGCCAUGGUGGCCUGCCGUAUGAUCUUCGCCGUCUGGCCCGUGCUCCACCUCUGCCGCGGCCAGAUCAACAACAACCUCAUCUCGCAGGCCGCCCAGAUGGACACCUCGAGCAUCCCCAACGACAUGAUGUACAACGCCAACCCCGUCAUCAUCAUCAUCCUCAUGCCCCUCGUCGACCGCUUCCUCUUCCCUUGGCUGCGCCGUUCCGGGUUCCCCCUGACGGCCACGACCCGCCUCACGGCCGGCUUCGCCCUUGAGGCCCUCGCCAUGGCCAUGGCCGCCGUCGUGCAGAAGCUCGUCUACAUCUCGCCGCCCUGCUACGACGCCCCCCUGCGCUGCGCCGCGUCCAAUGCCGGCGCCAUCCCGAAUGCCGUCUCCGUUUUCGUGCAGCUGCCGGUGUACCUGCUCGAGGCCAUGUCCGAGAUCCUGUCCUCGCCGGCCGGCUGGGAGUUGGCUUUCAGCAUGGCGCCCGGCAGCAUGAAGAGCGUGAUGCAGUCCGUCUUCAUGACCACCGGCGCCGUUGGUGCCGGCUUGAGCAUCGCCAUCAGUCCCAUGUACAAGGACCCCGAGAUGCUUUUUGUUUGGGCUUCUUUAGCUAUCGUCAUGGCAAUAGCGACUGUGAUAUUUUAUGCUGUCUGGGGCAGGAAUCUUCGUUGAA